GUGAUGAUGUAAACAUCCGUCAUGGAAAUGGAUGAUACAGCUGUAAAGUAUGGAUACAGUUAUGAUAAAAAGGCUACUUAUUUAACUGAAAACAACAAUAUUGAACCAAGAGAUUUAUAUUUAAUCAACAAACACAUGCUGUCUACAAUAUAUUUUAGUGUUGCUAAUAUUUAUAGCCCGGGUAUGCGAAUUCGAUUUGUUGUUACUGUUUUUGUGACAGCAGUUUUUCUUUGCGGGUUGUCAUUCGGUGUAUUCUCAAGUUUUCCAAGAGGAGCAUUAAGCUUCCUGUUGACUUACUUUGGACUAGGCUCAGGAACAAGUCAUUCUGUGCACAGCGGAAGAGUGAAACUUGGGCUUUUUACUGAUACAUUGCAGUUUAAAUUUAAGGAUGGGUUGAAACAACAACCACCGUGUUUUACAAAUGACCAUCAGAAUGACAACAUAAAUCUAGAACAAAAAGUUAACAUAGAUUCUAAUACAAAUUGUGAACAUGUUUCUUCUUCACCACACACUUACUAUGACACAUCAGUUAGUGUGAGAUACAAGCAGAGAUUCACAGCUAGCAAAGAUGUUAAACGAGAAGCAGUUGCAGCAAUGAAUAUAGCUCUAGAUCUUCAAAACCGUGGCAAAACAGACAAAGCAAUGAAAGUAUUUCAGCAUGCACUAGCGCUAGACCCAUCUCAUGCUGACAUACUUACAGCAUUUGGAGAGUUUCUCGAGUGGCAUGUUAAGGACAUAGUGAAAGCUGACCACAUGUAUCAUAUAGCUCUAGAAAAUAGCCCUGAACAUGGUAGGGCCCUGCAAAAUAGAAAACGCACAGGUCCCAUUGUUGAAGAGAUAGAUCAAGCACGCUUCAAUCGAGUGGACAAAAAAAGAACAUUACUGUAUACCAUACCACCACAUCAUCCGGGGCUACGAAGAGCUAAAAGGGAAGCAUAUUUUGCCCACAUUUAUCAUACAAAUGCCAUUGAAGGGAACACACUGACACUUGCACAGACCCGAUCAAUCGUUGAGACCAGAGUAGCAGUUGGAGGCAAGAGUCUCAGAGAGCAAAAUGAAGUUCUUGGACUUGAUGCUGCUCUAAGCUACAUCAACAGCACUCUUGUUGGACAUGUUGGACGACUUACUCUGCAGGACAUCUUAGAUAUUCAUAUUCGAGUGCUCGGAUAUGUGGACCCAAUCGAUGCUGGUAGAUUUCGUACUACUCAGGUUUAUGUAGGAGAUUUCAUCCCGCCAGCAGCAAGAGACUUACAAGAUCACAUGACCCAGCUGAUUGAAUGGCUCAACUCUGAAGAAGCCCUCGCUCUCCACCCUAUUGAGUUUGCAGCGCUCGCUCACUACCGUUUAGUAGCUAUACACCCAUUCUUCGACGGCAACGGACGCACCUCACGCCUCUUAAUGAAUCUUAUUUUAAUGGAGGCUGGCUUUCCACCUGUCUCUAUAGAGGUCAAUGACAGAUUGACAUACUACGAAACUCUACAACAAGCCAAUGAUGGGGACAUCCGACCAUUUAUCCGUUUCAUUGCUGACUGCGCUGAGAGAACGCUGGAUGAGUAUCUCUCUGUGACUAUGGAAAACGCAGAAGUUGUCUUGCCAUCUGUUCACAGAAACAAAUUCAUGCCACAGGAGAGGGUGAUUUAUGUUGAUAAAGAUGAAAAAGAUGAUGACGAGGAAAAACAAUCAAGCAAUGGAAAUGUAAUAAACAGUGCACAAGAUGAAAAUUCUUGAUGAUACUUUCAAGUAAAUUUUCAUCUACAUCCUUUAAUUUAUUAACACUUCUAAGAAAUCUGCUAUUUAUUUGUAAAUAAUAAAUAAUUGUUCUGUAUUAUACCAUGUACAUAUAAAAUAUGGAAGGGCAGGAAAUAAUGUACAAAAAAAUUAUGGUUCAAAGCACAAACAUCCCGGUUUUACCUUAAAUGAACUCAUCUAAAUGUAAAAAAAGAGUGGUAAAAGUACAUCUGUUAACUCUGUAAGUUACUAAGCAGUAAAUAUUUGCAUACAAUAGAUUUUAUUGAUAACUUUUAUCUAAUAAUUUUUUUUAAAAUCUAGUCAGCUUCUCUCUAGUUAUAAUUAUGUUGAUCUUCAAAUUGGAAAAUUGUCUAAAAUGUCUGUUAAAACCAGAAAUCAAUUGUCAUGUUAGGUAACUCUGCUGAACUAAAGAGCUCAAUGGUAGUAGUUGCUGCUGAUCUGCAAUGUGGAUUUUAAAAUUUGUAAUGCCAUGCUAGUCUAAUGUUUAGAUUACAUAAAUCCUAUCUCUUGUAUAUCAUAUUACUGUUUAUUUAUUAUUGCUGCACUUUUUUUUUUUUCAUAGAGUCUCAGGAGUUUGGCUUAUUAAAAGAAUGUGUCAUUAUUAUUAAUUAUUGGAAGAAUGGGACUUCAUAGUAUAAUCUAUAAAAAAUCCCUAAACAAUUUGUUGAAAAAAAUGUAUUAUUACAUUUCUAAAGCAUUGUGAAAAUAAAUAAUAUUAACUUCCUUUUUAGUCAUUAACAGAAUUUUUUAAAAUAACAUACAUGUCAAAAAAAAAAAAAAACCUUGAAAUCUUUGUUUUCUAAAAAUUUAAAGUUUAUUUUAGCUACUCUUUGUUUUUUUACGUACACACUGAGAAGGAAUACUUCUGUAUAUUAAGAGUAUUAAGAUUUUAAAAAUAAGAACAAUUGAUUUUUUUUUUCUUAUGAAAAUUGUUGAUACAAAAAGUUAAAUGUUUUUAUAACUUUUAAACACAAAGCAAGAUGUCAAAAAAGAUUAAUGGACUAAAAUUUGUUUUUCAACUUUAGAUUAAUUUAGUCUAUAGUCGAACAGUACAAGGCUACACUGGUAUGUUUUUUUGUGUAUAACAAAUCUCUCCUGUACCAUCAUGCUUAUACCACAAGAACCUAAUAAAUGCUAAUUUCCAUUUUAAAUGCUAAUUUCCAUCAGAUAAUCUUUUUUUUUAGAAAACUUCAUGCUACCAAUAUUUUCUUAUUUGUUCUUAAUUUUUUUCUUUUUUUUUGAAUCACAUUUUCUAAAUAUAUAGGCAUGCUUUAUCUUAAUAGCACUUGAAACACACAUACUCAAAUUAAAUAAUUUUUUGUUUUUUCGUUUUGUUCUUUGUAAAACAGCAAAAUAUGAAUAUUUCAUAUCAUGAGCUUUCUGCAAAUUUAAACAAAAAAUGUAUAUGAUUUUUUAACAUUUUUUAUCAAAACUUUACAGAAGUCUUAUUUUCCUUUUUUUUUACCA